GCCUGACAGGAUACAAUUUCACUUUUUUUUUUACCUCUUUUCAACUCGUCCGUGUCUUCCCCUAUUUCUCUCCGCCAAAACCCUAUACUUCUCUCUAAUUGUACGAGGAACAGCGAUAGUAACUUCAAAGCUUCAUUGUAAAACCCGGAAGGAGGAUUCCAGGUACUCGAUCGACUUACAUGACAUUCUAGAUCGAUGGCAAAUUCUCAAAUUGAAUCUGGCGCUCCCAUCACUCUACAAGAGUUGUACCCUUCUUCCCCGUUUUUCAUGGAAGCUCGUUCACUCAGAGUUACAGGAUUGCUGAAAGGAUAUUCAGUUGAAACAGCUAUAGGUGUUAUUGAAGAUGGAGAGAAAAGUCUCAAAAUCAACACUCAACACUUAAGAGAUGUUAGUUUCCGGGUUGGCUCUGUUUACCAGUUCAUCGGAGAGCUUCACAUUGAGCCCAAUAAUGAGCCUAUCUUGCAGGCUCGAACCGGAAGAAAUGUGGAUGGAAUCGAUAUUAACCUCUACCGUAAAACAAUUGAACUCCUAAGGCGGUUUCUUGAAGUAGAAGAAGACAACAGAAAUAUGGUCGAAUGAGGCUAUCUAUCAGAUCAGAUGCCAUCCAACUAAUAUAACACCUGCAUUUUUAUAUUUUGUUCCUUUGUUACCUCUUUGCUCACCUGUAGAUGCAUCCUAGCAUUGGUGGAUUUGUUUUGGUCUUCUUCAUAUGCGAGCAAUGUUAUGAAACGACUGUGUUGAAAUUCUGAAUUCUCCGCUUUGGUAACUCAGUUGAACCGAUAUGGUUUUGACAGUGAAUUAGGAUCUUUUCAAAUUUCA